AUGAAAGUGGUUAUCCUUAUGCUUGGACUUGGGUGUCUUCUCCUUGCUCUCAGGAUGGUUCCUGUUGGGGAAGCUGUUUUGGAAUUGAAACUGGGAUUCAGGCCAAACCCUUGUGAUGGAGUAGUCCUGGUUAAACACCAAGGGUCAUGGGGCUUUGUGUGUAAUGAAGUCUGGACUCUGGCAGAGGCCUCUGUGAUCUGUCGGCAGUUGGGCUGUGGGAGUGCAGUCGGUGCUCCAAAGUAUGUCCCCUUGCCUGGAGAGAGUCUUCAGCCAUGGCUCCAUGAAAUUUCCUGUAAAGGCAAUGAAUCAACUCUCUGGGAAUGCAACCUUGGGGAAUGGAGUCAGAAAAAUUGCUCCUAUGAAUGGGUUGCCAUAGUUCUUUGUUCAAAUGGAACAUUUCGAGAAAUCAGACUGCUGAAGGGGAACAGUCCUUGUGCUGGGCUUCCAGAAAUAAGAAACGAGAAGGGCAUAGAUAGAUUAUGUGGUCUCCACAUGGAAGAGGCAACUGUGUUUUGCCAGGAGAUGAAAUGUGGUCCAGCUGUCCAAGCUCCCAGAGAAGGUUUGGGUGUUACCCAGAAGUACAUGACCUGUAAUGGGACAGAGCCAACCAUUCGGAAUUGUAGGCUGAACAACAAUUUCCGGAGUGGUUGCCAGCUUCAGCUGGACGCUGAAGUGAUCUGUGCAGAACACACGGAAGUCCGGCUCAUUGGAGGGGAACAUCCCUGUGCAGGACGCCUGGAGGUGCGAAGAGGCUUGACUUGGGGCACUGUCUGCGACUCUGAUCUUGACCUCCAAACAGCCCACGUGGUCUGCCGGGAAUUAAGGUGUGGAGCAGCCGCUUCCAUCCCCGGAGGAGCACACUUUGGGGAAGGCUCCGGCGAGGUGUGGAGGGAAGUGUUCCAGUGUGUAGGGAAUGAGUCCCUGCUAUUUCACUGCCCCCGACGGGCGCCGCGGAAGGAGUUCUGUGCACAUAGUCGGGAUGCUGGAAUCAGAUGUUCAGAAUACCGGCUGGUGAAUGGCAGCAACAGAUGUUCAGGCAGAGUGGAACUCCAGAUACAGGGCAUCUGGUCCUCCCUCUGUGCCCAUCAUUGGGAUUUGCAAGAUGCCACUGUCCUCUGCCAUCAGCUUGAUUGUGGCCAUGCCAUAGCAGCUCCAGGAGGACGCUACUUUGGGGAAGGAGGGGGCUUGGUCCUGUCUGAUGAAUUUCACUGCACCGGAAUAGAGCCCCACUUAUGGAACUGCCCAGUGAGCACACUGGGAGCAUCCAUGUGUAGCUUGGGGCAUGUUGCUGGGGCCAUUUGCUCAGAUUCUCUGCGUUUGAAGGAUGGAGAGAGCCGUUGUGAUGGGAAAGUGGAGAUUUCCCUGAAUGGAAGCUGGGGCCGGGUCCAGCAUGCUUCUUUGGACCUCAGUGGUGCCCAGGUAUUAUGUAGGCAGCUCCAUUGUGGAAAGGCAGAGAGAAUCUAUACUUCUCUUAACUCAGGCUCACAGGUAGGCUUUGUAGGUCUGAGCAGGAUGAACUGUGUGGGUAACGAGACCCAGCUAAGCCAGUGUAAUGUUUCCACAUCUUCCUUGGCUCCAGUGGAGAUCGCUCAGGAUGUGGGUGUCAUUUGUUCAGGAAGCAGAAGGAUCCGCCUGGUGAAUGGCACCGGCCGCUGUGCUGGGCGAGUAGAGAUCUACCACAAUGGCACCUGGGGCACCGUGUGUGAUGAUGCCUGGGACCUCUCUGAUGCCAAUGUGGUCUGCAGACAGCUGGGAUGUGGCGUGGCCCUCAGUGCCAUGGGAUCUGCUCACUAUGGGGCAGGGAAUGGUCUCAUUUGGCUGGAUGAGGUGAGCUGCUCAGGGAAUGAGUCUGAGCUGUGGCAGUGCCCAUCCCAAGGCUGGGGCCAGCAUGACUGCAGACACAAGGAGGAUGCUGGUGUUCUCUGUUCAGAUUUUACAGCCAUGAGGCUAGUCAGUGAUGCCCACAACUGUGCAGGAUGGCUGGAAGUUUUCUACAAUGGAACAUGGGGAACUGUGUGUAGUAAUUCCUUGAAGGAACUCUCCCUGUCAAUUAUAUGCAGGCAAUUGGAGUGUGGAAAGCGGGGUUGGUUAGAGAAUAGACAAAUACCCCAUAGAGGCUCAGAAGUUAGCUGGCUGGACAAAAUUGAAUGCCGUAGCCUGCGUGCUCACUCUGUGUGGCAGUGCCCAUCAACUUCCUGGCAUCCACAUUCAUGUUCCCGAGGAGAUGAGGCCUGGAUCACCUGUGAAGGUCUGAUUUCUUAUCGAGGGACAAAGAAGACCCCAGAGGGUCCAGGUGAGAAGCUCAACUGCUCAGGCUACCAGGACUGCCCAGGGACGAACAGGCUGCGUGUCAGGGAUGGAGAGGACAGCUGCUCUGGGCGAGUGGAGAUUUGGCAUGGUGGCUCCUGGGGAACAGUGUGUGACGAUUCCUGGGACCUGGAAGAUGCUGAAGUUGUGUGCAGGCAGCUGGGUUGUGGCUCAGCUGUAUCAGCUUUGGGAGAGGCUGCCUUUGGACCAGGGACAGGGACUAUUUGGCUGGAUGAGGUGCGAUGUAAGGGCACUGAAGUGUCUCUAUGGGACUGUCCUGCAGAGCCCUGGGGACACAGUGACUGUGGCCACAAGGAAGAUGCAGCCGUGAAUUGCUCUAGUGAGUGGCAAGUCCCUGAGCAGAGUGUGUUCUGGGUAUAUGGAGACUAUCCCAAUGUGGCUGUGGGCAUCACUAAUCAUGUAUAUGAUUAUAAAUUCCAAGACAAAAGUACAAGUUUCCUGUCACCAGCCCAAGAAGUGGAUAAUUUACUAAGGAUCAUCUGUUUUGUCCUUGGAACACUUCUCUGCUUUGUUUUAAUAUUCCUGGGGGUUCAGAUGUGGAACAGGAAAGUUACCUGCCAGGUUUCCAGAAAAAGUCAGACUCCUCUCACUGAGGGCAUCUAUGAAGACCUUACUAAUACUGUAGUGGGGGAGAAAUAUGAAGAGGUGGAAGAGAAAGAUAUAAGUCUCUCAGGAAUAGAGUAUGAUGAUAUUGAAGAAAGUGAGAAUCAUCUGACUGAAAAAGAGGAAGAAGAGGAGGAGGAGGAGGAGGAGGAGCAAGAGCAGGAGGAGGGGGCAAAAGUUAUCACUUACUCAGGUCUUUAUAUUUCAGCCCUUAUUUCUAUUUUUCCUUUCCUACAUGUAUACAGAAUUUUUGACUCCAGCUUGGAUCCAUCGACUAUGGGGUAA